AUGGACAUUGUAUUACAUUUGUGGGGUUUAGAUGGUAAGCCGAGCGUCGUCUCACCGGAAAGUGUUGCACUGUUCUGGCUACUGAAUGAACUGGAUUUGAAAUCCAGAAUAACAGUUGUCUUCUCAAAUAAUACCGACUUAUCUCCCACCCAGGAGCUUCCCUUACUGGUAAAUGGUGUUUCAAGAUUGUCCGGAUUUGCUAACAUUGCCUCGUUCUUUUGCGCCCCCAAAUCUGCACUAGAAACGGCUUUGCUGCAGUUUGCACAGGAUCACAUUGGAGCGUUGACCCAAUAUCAACUAUACUUGAACCGAAACAAUUACGACCAGUUCACACGCAAGGUUUUUGCGUAUCUGCUGCAGUGGCCCAUGUGGUAUAACACACCUUUAACAAAUCGAAGCCUGGCGCGGAAAAGGUGCGAAGCGCUAGGCUAUUUUGGCCAUGCGGAUGAUGAGGAUCACUUCGAAUUUGAUGCCGAACAGAUUGACGAACUCGUACAGUCCAAAGCUUUUAAGCUCACGAAAGCCUCAAAGGCGCGCAAAGAAGAUUUACUCAAAUCUGCCCGGUUCAACUUACAGUAUAUGAAUCGUUUAGGGGAUCAGAUUAAGUGCUGGCUCGAGGCUCGUGAAAAGCUAGAGCCCCAACCUGUUUUGGCAUCGGACUACUUGGUAUGGGCAAACUUGUUUGUGCAGUUAGAACUUCCGGACGGUAACUUGGUGCGAGAACACCUCCAAAGAACAUUAGGCAAGGAUAAGUAUGAAGUGUUGGCCGCAAACUUGGAGAACUGCUCCCAAUCAACUUCUAGGCUUUAUCAGAGGGGUCCAACGUUCGAGGAACGCGGGAACGUCGUAAUGAGCGCGUAUCAAGCCAUGUGUCGACUGGUAGCCCUUUAA